AUGGCCUCUCUAAGCAUUGAACAAACUCAAUCUUCAAAAGGCUUGAAAGAUGAAUCUUAUCAAGUUCAAACUCAAGAUUUUUCUGAUAUCUCAGAUGAAAAAUCUACAAUGGCCGAUGCAUUAGAUACUGAUAAGAAUGGCUGGAGGUAUUGGCUGCAUAGAUUGAAUGAACUUCUAGAAAUCAAACAAGAAGGUGAAGCAUCGAGAGGGUUAGUCGAAUCAUUCUUAUACAACAAGGAUCUAGAACCUGUCGAUCACGCAAGAAGAACUUGGACGUGGAAAAAUUAUAUCUUUUUCUGGAUUACAGGUUCUUUCAACGUUAACACAUGGGAAGUCUCCGCCACUGGUUUACAAUUGGGUCUUUCAUGGUGGCAAACUUGGAUUUGUAUCUGGGUUGGUUAUUCAUUCGUCGCUGUCUUUUUAGUUCUAGGUUCUCGUAUCGGUAACAUUUAUCAUCUUUCUUUCCCUAUCUCUGUCAGAAUCCCAUUCGGUACCUAUUUUUCCAUUUGGAUUGUCCUUAAUAGAUUGGUCAUGGCCGUCGUUUGGAUGUCUACUCUAUCUUGGCUAGGUUCUGAAUGUGUUCAAUUAAUGCUCAUGGCAAUCUUCGGUACCGAUUUAGACGUUAGAAUUAAAAACACAAUCCACAAUCCAAAUUUAAAUAAUUUCCAAUUCAUGUGUUACAUGCUCUUCUGGAUCAUCUAUUUACCAUUUUUAUGGUUCCCACCUCAUAAGUUACGCUAUGUCUUUGCUGUCAAAUCUGCAAUUACUCCAUUCGCUGCUUUCGGUUUCUUAAUCUGGACUCUUUGUAAAGCUCACGGCCAUCUCUCCCUAGGUACUUUAAAUACCAAUUCAGAUGGUUCUGCAAUCGUUAUGUCAAGCUCUGCUACCGCAUGGGCUGUCAUUAGAUCAAUCAUGUCGGCAAUGAAUAACUUCUCCACCUUAAUUCUAAACGCUCCAGAUUUCUCAAGAUUUGCAAAGACUCCAAAAUCCUCAUUCUACUCACAAUUAAUCGCUUUACCAAUCUGUUACGGUGUCAUCUCUUUAGUCGGUAUCCUUUCCGCUUCUGCUGCUUACAGUAUGUACGGUGUCAACUACUGGAAUCCAUUAGAUAUCUUAAGUAAAUACUUGGACCACUGGAACUCUGGUAACCGUGCUGGUGUUUUCUUCAUUUCAUUUGCAUUCGCUUUCGAUCAAUUAGGUGCUAAUUUAUCAAGUAACGCUAUCCCUGCAGGUACUGAUAUGACAGCCCUAUUACCAAAAUAUAUCAACAUUAGACGUGGUGCUUACAUAUGUGCUUGUUUGACAUUAUGUAUUUGUCCAUGGGAAUUAAUGGCAUCUUCAUCAAAAUUCACUACAGCUUUAUCUGCUUAUGCUGUUUUCCUUUCUGCCAUUGCAGGUGUUGUCUUUGCCGAUUACUUUAUUGUCAGAAAAGGCUACAUCAAUUUAUUACAUUGUUACACAAACAAACCAGGUUCCUAUUACAUGUACAACAAAUAUGGUACAAAUUGGAGAGCUGUCAUCGCUUAUAUCUUUGGUAUUGUUCCAAAUUUCACUGGUUUCAUCGGUGCCGUGGGUCCAUCUGUCCCAGUUGGUGCAAUGAAAGUUUACUAUUUGAGUUAUUUUAUUGGUUAUUUGAUUUCUGCUAUAACAUAUUUGAUCCUCGUUCACUUUUUCCCAAUUGAUGGUGUUCCAGAUAAUGCAAAACUUACUGACAGAGUCUGGUGUGAAUCUUGGACUGAAGUGGAGGAUUUCAAAGCUGAAAGAGAAGCUUUUGAAAGAUAUAGUGGUGAUGAACAAUCUUUGUCAUUCACACCAAAAGUUGCAUGA